AUCAAUUUUAAUAUAUAUGUAUAAUAUAUAUGGGAUUACAAAUACAGACCAUGUUUUGUUGUCAGGGAAUAUCAGGCCAUCCUAAUUGUCAGAACAUAGCGGACUACUCUGAUUAUAAUAUGUAUAUCAUCAUUUCAAUGAUUUUAGCAGUUUUUUUUGUUACUGAAACCAUAACUAAUGCAAAUCAUUUCGCACAAAAAGCUCUAAAUUUUAAAACAAACGUGUCGAAAAAUGCAAAAACCAUAACUAAUGCAAAUCAUUUCGCACAAAAAGCUCUAAAUUUUAAAACAAGCAUGUCGAAAAAUGCAAUAACCUUGUCUAGGAAUGCAAAGCGUAUCUUAGCAAAAUUUUGUUUAAUGAAUAAUAUACAACAUGUUCAAGAGGAUCAUACAGAAAAUGAAAUGAAUGAUGUAUUAAUUGAUACACAAAUAAACGAAGCUAUGAAUUUAUCGAGAAAUGUGUCUAUUGAUUAUCAAAGAAAUGAAGUUAUUGAUACCCAAAGUUCUUUAAUUAUAGAUACAUCAAAUAAUGUAAUUACAGACUUGACAGAUUUUGUAAUAAGAAACGACGAUUAUGAUUAUGAUCCAUUUUUAAACGCUGAUAUUUCAAAUAAAAUUCUAAAUACUAUAUUACAAGACUGGCCAGAAGAUAAAGGAUCAGCUGAAGACGAAUGUCCCCUUUGUUUUGAAAAAGUACCUCUGAUUAUGUAUACAAUUCCAUGUGGACACUUAUAUUGUGAGAGCUGUUAUAACAACUAUUUAUUAAAGCAAAAUGAUAAACUCCCAUUUAAAAUAAAUAAAAAUGGAAUAUACUGCUUUCAAUGUUAUGAACUAGCUGAAGCUAGUGGCAAACUAACAGAACAAGAAUAUGCGGAUAUUUUAGCACAAAAUAAUUUUUUUAUACCUCGAAUAAAACAAUCGAUAUUCAUGGAGGAUAUUGAUAAGUUUAAAAUAAGUGAAGAAAAUGGAGAAAGUGAUGACUAAAUUUUAUUUUUAUUUACAGUUUAAAAGUUUUUUGUUAAUGUUUGUAAUGUUAAAUUAGUGUUCACAAAUAUUACCAUGUAAAAAUUUUCAAAAGACAACAUACCAUUAUUUUUUUUGUUAUUUUAUGCUAUCCAAUAUUUUUGAAUUUAACUGUAAAAAUUUUUUUUAAUAUUCUUGUUAAUUUUAUGCCUAUAUAUUUAUAGAGUUUCUGCAGAUACUGUAUGUUACAUAUAGUUACGUUAAAAAUGUAAUAGUAUUAUACUGAAAUUAAAUAAAGCUUAUUGCAAUA